AUGGGUGUAUGGAACCCGUUCUCAAGGUAUCGGAAAGAGCGCAAGGCAGGGACAACCAUUACAGGGACCACAGUGACCACACCGACGCAUCGUCCAUCAUGGUCCCGAGGCCGUAGCCCUAAUACAUCAAAUGCCCAAUCGUCAGACCGUCCACCACCGUAUCAAGAAGAAAUUCCAACAAUCAGAAUCAGCGCCCCCUCCGAACCAGAAUCUGAUUCCCAGUACGCCUUCCUCGGCCAAUUCCAUACCAUUUUUCUGGUAGACGACAGUUCAAGCAUGAGAGGUGAGCUUUGGAACGAAGCCAAAGAAGCCAUCGCCGCGAUCGCGCCAAUCUGCACGAAAUAUGACAGCGAGGGAAUCGACAUCUACUUCAUCAACCACCGCCCAAAGCCCAACCCCAACAGGUCCAACUACGGCUACGGUUAUCCCUACAACUCCGGCUCGGGCUACAGGCGCAGCCCCAGCGGCCAUAUUCCCGGGGCCAAUUUCGACUACAACUACAGCCCGGGCCCCAGACGUCCAACACUCGAUGCCAGCGGAUACCACAACAUCAAAACCGCGCAACUAGUAAGCGAGAUCUUCGCCUCUGUCAUACCCUCUGGUGGAACCGGAGUCGGGGCUCGACUAUUUGAUAUCCUGGACCCAUACACGAAGCUGCUGGAAGCAAAGGAGACAGAGAGACAAGCGCAGAAGCACGUAUCGGGAGUUUUGGCCAGGUCAAUCGAGCUGGAGCCGGUCGAGUCGGUUAAGCCGAUCAAUAUCAUCACGAUCACCGACGGGGUGUUUACGGAUGAUGCCGAGAGUAUCAUUAUCAAGACUGCUCAGACUCUGGAUGGCCCUGCUUGUCGUGCUAUUCCGUGGCAGGUUGGGAUUCAAUUCUUCCAGAUUGGGAAUGACGAGAUGGCUCGGCAGUAUUUGGAUGUUUUGGAUAAGGACCUUGGCAGCCGGUGUCAUGAUUUGCAUCUCAGAGAUAUUGUCGAUACUGUUUCUUGGCGAAAUCGGGCUGGGGAGCGGUUGGAAGGGUAUGGGAUUUUGAAGGCUGUGCUUGGGGCUGUUCAUAAGAAGUUGGAUCGAGAUUUGGAGUGUUAG